GUCAGGAGGGCACAAUACUGGGAUCAGGAGGGCACAGAAUGGGGGGGGGGGGGGGUGUCAGGAGGGCACAAAACUGGGAUCAGGAGGGAACAGUACACGGGGGGCAAGGCAGGUUCUGCAACACUGCCCAGGCCAUCCAGGUACAGCUUAGCGAAAAGCGUGACUGUCCCAGCAAAUCCAGGACAGUUGACAAGUAUGUAAUGCAAGAUUAUCAUGGGGCCCCCAUGCACCUGGGCAGUGCUCAGGAGUGCUCAUGCAUUGGCAGCCCUGGUUUGCGC